AUGAAUAUUGUGUAAUUUAAGACUGUCAUGACUGCUGUUUAAAUUUCUCAGUUAUUUUCCGGACUCGUAUUGAUUAUCUAUCAAUCAGACAGAGACGGGCUUCUACGUUCACCACCCUGUAGACCUAAGGAAACGGUAAAGAUAGAACUCAGAUUCCAACGUUUAACAAAAAUGAUUAACUUUACAAGUCUGCCGUUAUUUACAUCAUCGGGAGUAACGGCUACAGGAACUAAAACUCAGAAGUCACUUGAUGUCAUAGACGCUAUUUAUCCACCAAUCCUCAUCCUUGUGGGAGUCACGUGUAAUGUAUUCAUCAUCUUGGUCAUGCGUACUAAACAGUUUUGUAGACAAUCAACUUCCGUGUUCAUGACGGCCGGCGCUGUCAAUGACGCUCUAAGUUUGGUCAUAUCCAUGACAACACAUUGGCUCUAUGUUAGCUUUGAUGGAAUAUAUUAUCGAAACGAAGUCAAAGGCAUCUGUAAAUUUCUAGAUUUCUACGGCUGGGGAAACUGUGACUUUGGAAUUUUGAUCACAAGCAUGAUGACCGUUGAUCGGGCUUUAGCAAUGAUGUUCCCGUUGAAGUUCAAAACAAAAUCAAUCAGGCGGGCAAGAAUCAUAGUAGUUAUCCUUGCGUUCAUUGUUGUUGCAAAAGAGUUUCACUUCCUCAUCGGAUCCAACAUGGUUCCAGAAUCAAGGAAAGAGAGACUCUGUGAUGUUUAUCCUGGAACAGAAUCGUACCAAUUUUUCUGGAAGCGGGUUUGGCCAUGUCUGCAUUUGGUUUAUCUUUCUGUAUGCUUCAUCAUCAUUAUAGUGAGUAACACUAUCCUAGUGCUUCAGUUACUCAAAUCGUCCAAGUUCGAGACAAACUUCAGGAAGACGUCCAAAUUCAAAGAGAAUUCUAGGAUAGAUGAAUGUAACAAUUUGAAUUACAACGCCCGUGUCCGGAGACAACUACACACCAUAGUUCCGAUGUUGGUUGGUGAAUCUCUGGUUUUGUUGAUAUUAACGUUUCCGUUUUCGGUGCAACUAUCCAUAUCCGGAUACAAUCCGGACUUUUACAGUUCACCAGACAUGGGACUGCUUUUCUCUGCUACAUUUUAUAUGUUGUACACCAAUAAAUGUGUGACAUUCUUUGUGUACCUUGUUACAGGCAGCAAAUUUAGACAAUCGCUGAAACAAAUAUUCAGGAGAUGCAUUCAGGGGAAAGACAGUGUAAGGCGAACACAGUUUGAUAAUUUUUCAAAAUGGUACACAGCAAAGGGAGAUCACUCAAAACAGGUGUGGAGGAGGACCAGCAGCGACAUCUGGAGCACAGAUACCGCAUCACGAGAAACUAUGAUGUCCGAUAUUCAGAUGGCGCCAAAAUUUGUAGUAUCGACACAUUUAUAAAUAGAGGGUAAUACAUGUAUAUGGACAUUCAGAGAUGUGAAUCUUACUUGUGUGGUGUAAAAGUUCAUAUGUUUGACUCGUAAAUAAUUUAUGUAGUAACUCAGGACGGUGUUACGAUUUGUGAAGAAGCACUGAAGUACACGUUAUACUUGAUUCAUAUCAAUUUACUCUUUCUAAAGUUUGUUGACAUUACUGUGAAUAAAUGAAUGUCAUCUGUCAUCCUCAAUGUCCAUCUGAAAUACUGUGAUUUUAUUAGUACACAUUGAACACUAAUUUUGUCGGUUGCAUGGUUGACUUAGAACAAUUCAAGUAAUCAAUGAAAAGUUUGGUUUUUAGCAAAAUAAAUAAACACGCAAAUUUUAAUGUGCAUGAAAAUUAUGAAACUACUGUAAUACCUCCGUUAAAUUGACUGUACCAAAUAUUACGAAACAAUACAACAAAAGAUAUGUAAAUGUGUAUACAAUACAGUGCUUUAUUAUAACACAUUUUGAUUGAUUUUGUCAAAAUAAACAUUGAGAAUAUAUAC